AGUCGGAGACGUGUCUCGCAGGCAGAGCAUCCUUCCGACAUGGCGUCUGUUUGGGCUAAAUCCUCCAUUCACCUGCCGGUCCUGUCUGUUUUCUUCCUCCUGCUGCUAUGUCUGCCGCCCGGGGGAGGACAAAAGAAGAAGGAGAAUCUGCUGUCAGAGAAGGUUGACCAGAUGAUGGAGUGGUCCUCUCGGCGUUCGGUCGUCCGGAUGAACGGGGACAAGUUCCGUCGUUUCGUCAAGGCCCCACCCAGGAACUACUCUGUCAUCGUCAUGUUCACUGCCCUGCAGCCUCAAAGGCAGUGUUCUGUGUGCAGGCAGGCAAAUGAGGAGUACCAGGUCCUGGCAAACUCAUGGCGUUACUCAUCUGCAUUUUCCAACAAGCUCUUCUUCACGGUCGUGGACUACGAUGAGGGAGCUGACGUUUUCCAGCAGUUGAACAUGAACAGCGCUCCAACCUUCAUGCAUUUCCCAGCGAAGGGGAAGCCCAAGAGAGCUGAUACGUUUGACCUGCAAAGGAUUGGCUUUGCUUCAGAGCAGCUGGCCAAGUGGAUUGCAGACCGCACAGAUGUUCAGAUCCGUGUCUUCCGUCCUCCUAAUUAUUCGGGGACUAUCGCUCUGGCUCUGUUAGUGUCUUUGGUUGGCGGUCUGCUGUAUCUGAGGAGGAACAACUUGGAAUUCAUAUACAACAAGACUGGAUGGGCCAUGGCUGCACUGUGUGUAGUUUUUGCCAUGACAUCUGGUCAGAUGUGGAAUCACAUCAGAGGUCCUCCCUACGCCCACAAAAACCCCCAGAAUGGACAAGUGAGUUAUAUUCAUGGCAGCAGUCAGGCUCAGUUUGUGGCCGAGUCUCACAUCAUCCUUCUCCUGAAUGCUGCAAUCACCAUGGGGAUGGUGCUACUAAAUGAGGCUGCCACCUCCAAGGGAGACGUUGGCAAGAGGAGAAUCAUCUGCCUGGUUGGCCUUGGCCUGGUGGUGUUUUUCUUCAGCUUCCUGCUCUCCAUUUUCAGGUCCAAGUACCAUGGAUACCCCUACAGCUUCCUUAUUAAGUGAAAAAAGACUGAAGAGGAGGUCAGAGGAUGGCAAAGAGGCAGUAGGUGAGGAGAAGUGGAAUCGAGAAGAUACUUGAAGAGGAGGAGGCAGCUUCACUGUUGAGUCUAGAGUGCAUGGUGGGGUUUCUUUUUUUGUGUGUUGUUUUUUUAUCAACUCCUGUCAUAAACUCUGUAAGCUGAAUAGAAAAUAAAUUAUUCCUUCUUACACUGGAAAAUAAAGGUGUUUGGCAUGUC